AUGGCAGGCCCUCAUCUCUGGCUUCGUGAUGAAGUCAAGCCAAUGGAGCACCGCUCUGCCUUGACGCCGACAACGGCCAAAAAGCUCAUUGAUGCUGGAUUCCAAAUUACGGUUGAAAAGUCCAAGCCCGAUGUUCGCAUCUUUGAGGAUAGUGAAUUUGAGGCCAUUGAGGGAGUCAAGAUGGCAGAAUCAGGCAGCUGGGUAGAUGCACCAGAGGAUGCAUUCAUCAUUGGUUUGAAGGAGUUGCCAGAAGAUACGUUCCCGCUCAAGCACAGGCAUAUUCAAUUUGCACACUGCUUCAAGCGUCAAGGUGGAUGGAAGGAUGUCUUGAAGCGAUUCCCUGAGGGCAAGGGAACUCUCUACGAUUUGGAAUUCCUCGAAGAUGACAGUGGCAGGCGCGUUGCUGCCUUUGGCUACCAUGCUGGCUACGCAGGUGCUGCCCUUGCAGUCGAGGUCUGGGCGCACCAGAUCCUUCACCCAAACGAGGCCUUUCCCGGAGUCAGCCAUUACGACAAUGAGCAACUGCUCAAUGAUCAUGUUCGUGAGGUGAUGGAGCGUGCUAGCAAGCAGUCUGGCAACAAUCUUCCACAGAUUCUGGUGAUUGGUGCAUUGGGUCGUUGUGGAUCUGGUGCCGUGGCCCUUGCUCGCAAUAUUGGACUCCCUGAGAACAAGAUCCUCAAGUGGGACAUGGCGGAGACCAAGGCUGGAGGUCCAUUCAAGGAGAUUAUCGAGUCGGAGAUUUUCGUCAACUGCAUCUACUUGAAGGAUGCGAUUGCACCGUUUGUGGAUCUGGACGGACUCAAUAGUGAAGGAAGACGUCUGCGUGUGGUGUGCGACGUAUCUUGUGAUACCACCAACCCCAACAACCCAAUCCCCAUCUACUCGGAGUACUCGUACUUCUCAAACCCAACAGUUCCGGUCAAGGGCGUGACAAACGGACCCGAGGUGAGCGUCAUUGCUAUUGAUCAUCUGCCAUCUCUAUUGCCGAGGGAAGCAAGUGAAAGCUUUAGCGGCCUACUGCUGCCAAGUCUGAUGCAACUCAAGAAGGUUGACGAAGAGCCCGUAUGGACACGCGCCAAGGCCCUGUUCGAUCACUGGGUCGCACAACUAUAG